UGUAAUCAUUUCGUUGCGAUCUCCAGCGCCAGUGGCGGAGCGCGCGCUUUUAACCGAGCCGAUCGAUUUUUUGCAGACACUGUGAGCUACAAGUGCGAGCAGGACGGCAGCUGGUACUUCCAUGAGGCAUACAACAAGACCUGGGUGAAUUACACCAGCUGUGUCAACACCGCCGAUCUGUCGUUCCGCACCAUCGUGGUCAGCAUCCACUGUUUCGGCUACGGCGUCAGCCUGAUCGCUCUGCUCGUGUCGCUCGCGUUGCUGUUUCACUUCAAGUCGUUGCGAUGCGUGCGCAUCCUCAUCCACAUGAAUCUGUUCGCCUCCUUCGCCCUCAACAACUGCCUCUGGCUGCUCUGGUACUACGUGGUGUUCGAUGAGACCGCAAUCCUGAUCAGCAACGAGAUCUGGUGCAUCGCGCUGCACCGGGUGCUCUACACCGGCCUCAUUUCCAACUACUCCUGGAUGCUGUGCGAGGGGCUCUACCUGCACACGGUGCUCGUGUGGGCCUUCAUCCAGCAGAGCAGCCUCUACUGGUGGAUGAACGUGGUGGGCUGGGGCGUGCCGCUGCUCACCACCCUGAUUUAUGUGCCGGUGCGGGCGUGGCUGGGCGAGGGCGACGAGCUGGACAUGUGCUGGAUGCGGGACUUUCGCUACGACUUCAUCCAGCAAAUUCCAGUGGCGGCGACCGUCGGCCUCAAUCUGCUCUUCCUCAUCAAUAUCGUGCGCGUGGUGGUGCUCAAGUUGCGCCGCGGCCCCGCCAACGAGCCCUCGGGCGGCGCCUCGCGCUCCACCCUGCAAGCCCUCCGAGCCACGCUUCUGCUGGUGCCGCUGCUCGGGCUCAACUUCCUGCUGACGCCCUUCAGGCCGCAGGGCGGCCCCCCCUGGGAGUACGUCUAUGAAAUAGUCUCGGCCAUCACCAUGUCGUUCCAAGGCCUGUGCGUGGCCGUGCUGUUCUGCUUCUGCAACGGCGAGGUGCAGGCCCAGAUCAAGCGCAAAUGGCGGGCGGCCCGGUUUCGCUCGAAACGCGCCAAUUCCUGCACCAUGACCACGGUCUCGUUCGUGCGCACCUCGGGACCCCAAAACGGCGAGGACAAAGUCUGAUGGGGGCGCAGCUCCCCAGCCAGCCCUACCUUGCGCAUGCCUUCAUUAUCCUGAAUUUUAUAUCCGAAUAUUUACGUAAAUAUAUGGCGAAUGUGUGUGUAAACGGCAAUAAACGUGUGCAUUACUAACAGGGGGCGUUACUUACCCUUUCAUCUGCUAAUGGGGCCUUGGAAACGAUGCUCCAAAUGGGCGUUGCACUUCUUAUUGACAGCCGCCCCUAACUGGGGUUCACUGAAUUUCGAACACAGAUCACACACUGCGCGAUCUGUGCCUGGGACUAGCACCUGAACAGAAGAACAAGGAAAGAGCGAGUCUGUGGUGAGAGGAAAAGAGACCGAUACAAUCGCGUAUAUACAUAGUGACGCCGAAUGCGCGCUGGUUUUGGCGUUGACAAGAUCUGAUGGGGGCGCAGCUCCCCAGCCAGCCCUGCAUUAUCCUGAAUUUUAUAUCCAAAUAUUUACGUAAACGGCAAUAAACGUGUACAUUAUUAACGGAUGUUACUUACCCUCUCACCUGCUAAUGGGGCCUUGGAAACGAUGCUCCAACUGGGCGUUGCACUUCUUAUUGACAGCCGCCCCUAACUGGGGUUCAUUGAACUCCGAACACAGAUCAUACACUCCGUGAUCUGUGCCUGGGAGUAGCACCUGAACAGAAGAACCAGGAAAGAGCGACUCCGUGGUGAGAGGAAAAGAAACAGAAAAAAUGGCAUAUAUACACAGUGACGCCGAAUGCGCGUAGGUGUUGGCGUUGCCAGGGCAACGCAAUCAAACAAAGCCCAAAAGGAAAAUUCCCAGUUACAAAAUGGGGGAAGAGUGCGGCUGUAUCUGUCCCCCCUGCUACCCCAGCGGCUGCUGCGUGCCGGUGAGCGUCUGCCCCUGUCCGCCGCCCUGCCCGUGCCCCUGCCUGCCGUGCCCGGUGCCCUGCGUGCCCCAGGCCUGCGUCUACGUGCCGGUGGUCACCCCCUGUUGCCCCUGCCCGCCCCAGGGCGGCCCAGCCGCCUGCAGCUGCCCCCCUAGCUGUUAAUCCGUCUCAAUAUACCCCCGUUCAGUGCU